GGCGCGUCUGACUAAGUCCCAGGUGUACAGGACUCUUGGAAAACGCGAAUGUACAGCGGCGCACGGCCGGGCGCAGACCUACAACCAAGUCACAGGACAGAGAAUUCACGUCCCGCAACGAAACCGGUUCUGGAUUUGCGAAAGAGGCUCAUUUUGAGGGGGAAAAGAAAACGUGGAAGAAUUCUCGUUCGUGCUUGUCCGAGCACCUCGGCAGGAUGUUGAAAGGUGCGGAACAUUGUUUCCCGAAUCCCGACUACAGCUCCGCGCACGAAUCAACAAUAUCGUGGGACAUUAACGAUCCUAAAUUGCCUCAGGAUGUGCAUCAGUUGGAUAGCUUCCAGGAAUGGACAGAUUCCUACGUGAAAUUUAUUUACAGCGCUGAUGAUAAAAAUGCGCAGAGACAUCAGAGUGGAUGGGCCAUGAGAAACACCAACAAUCACAACUGCCACAUCCUGAAGAAAUCCUGCCUUGGAGUAGUAGUUUGCACCAAUGAUUGCUCACUGCCCGAUGGGAAGAAGAUGUAUCAGAGACCUGCAAUCUGUGACAAGGCACGGCAGAAACAGCAGAAGAAAUGUUGUCCAAACUGUGGGGCAGCCUUGAAUCUCGUGCCAUGUCGAGGGCAUGGUGGCUAUCCGGUCACCAACUUCUGGAGACAUGAAGGAAAAUACAUAUUCUUUCAGGCUAAAGGUGUGCAUGAUCAUCCGAGACCAGAGACAAAGACAGAAGCUGAAGCAAGGAGAUCAAUCAACAAAAAGAGACCAUAUUCUGAAAAUGGCUGCUACAAAGACAAAAGGGAACUGCAGUCAUUGACGGGGACAAUUGAAUGCGAAGGACCUCAGCCAACAUAUGCCUCCAAUGGUCGAGGCAUUUUCUCCAGUCUGUACGUCAACACAAAUCUGGAGGACUGCAUAGCACUUGAGAACCUCUCUGGUAAUCCAUGCCUACCGUACACCAACGGGCAUGACUUUGGAAAGCCAACUUACCUUUACGAUCCAUGUGAAAUGGAUAUUAGCAGAUAUUACGGUAGAUGUACACAGUUUAGUGGAGGGUGCCAUAAUCCUGGAAAUUAUAGUGGCCCUGCAACAACCUGCAGUGCGAGUUUUGAGUGUGGAGACUAUCCCAACUGGAACAAGAUCCCUUUAGGAAAGACUGCUUACAGCAACUCAUUUAUUAGAUAUUCUCAAGGUUCGCCAGAUCCUUGCAAUGAUGCUGCCAGUUCCAGGAACCUACGUGAUCCAACACAGCAUGCACAAUGUACAGGGAGCAACCUGAACAAGACAGUUUAUCAAGCCUCGAAGCCUAACGUGGAUGAAUAUGGUGAUUACGUUUAUGACAUGUACUUACAAAAUCAGAACAGCACUUGCGUAUCUGCCGCCAUGUAUCCUGUGUAGGGGUUUGCCACAAAUAAAUAACCAACCUAGAACAUGUGGCGGACAAAAAGGUUCCAAUACUACUCAAUAAUAGGACUGUUUUGUGACCAGCUCAUUCUUAUUUGCGUACAUCAGGGAACUGAAGCCAUUCUCCUCUGAUCUCCUCAUUAACAAGGUGCUUUGGCCCACAGAACCACCGCUCACUGGAUGAUUUUUGUUUUUCACACCAUUCUCUGUGAACUCUAGGAAUGUUGUGUGUGAAAAUCCUAGAUUAGCAGUUUCUGAGAUACUCAAACCACCCUGUCUGGCAUCAAAAAUCAUUCCAUGGUCAAGGUCACUUCCACAUUUUGAUGUUUGGUCUGAACAACACUGUACCUCUUGACCAUGUCUGCAUUCUUUCAUGCAUUGAUUUGCUGCCACAUAAUUGGCUGAGUAGAUAUUGACAUUAAUGAGUAGGUCAGCGUAAUAAAGUGACCAUACAUGUAUAGUUUGCCAAUUCCUUGUGGUGCGAUGAAUAAAACAUAGCUCACUAUUUAGACAAGUGGCCUUUGGGUUAAGCCAAUUCUAACAGACUUGUGUGGAAGGGCUUUGCAUGUUAAGUAUAUAAAAACUCAGUGAAUCAAGUGUACAUUAAGUUUACCGAUCUUGAUGUUUUCAGAAUUAAAAAUAUAAUUUUUGGAAAAUCACAUUCCCAGGAAACAUCUUAAAGUGUUAAUUAGUCAUAAAAAAAAAUACAGGCCAGAAACAGACCCGUCAGUUGAGUUUGUGUCAGCUGUCAAUUUACACUAUUCUUACAUUAAUUGCACUUUGCCACUCAUCAAAGAUUCCACCGCAUGCCCACAUAUUAGAUGCAUUUUACGUCAGCCAGCUUUGGGACGGGGGAGGAACAAAGAGCAAAUUCCACACGGACAGCACCCAAGAUCAGGACUGAACUCAGAACUCCUGCCCUGAGAGAAUCAGGUGAACUCAUAUCUGGUGCUGUGAGAUCCCAGUUCAAUCCUGGUUCUAUCAGCUCUUCCACUGUAGGGCCCUAGUAUCAUUUACACCUGCUUCAUGCUUAAAUCCAGGGUCACCUUGGAAUGCCAGAAACCAUAGAAGUUACCAUUCAACUAACUUCCCUCUCUAGAUGAGAAUUAAGACAGUUUUGGGAGGAAAAUAUUUGCCUUUGUGCCUUUAUAUGAUUUUAAGCAAUUUACUGUGUAGUUUUAUUACAUUACUUUAUUUUUGAAAAUUAUAAUGUAUUUUAUGAAAAUAUUAUCAAACGUCACUGUUUGUCUGAAAUUCUAUUAAAACACCUGAAUGGCAAAGAUUCUAUAGGCUGAG